ACGAGACCGACAGAGCAGAUCACAGACACAGAAUAAAGCCUGAUCAUUAACAGCAGCAGUGUUCUGUGUAGAUGAUCCUUGUGUGUGUGUGUUGUGUUUGACAUGUCUCUGUGGCACACACACCAGCGGUGUGCGUCUGCGCUCGUCCUGAUCCUCGUCUGUCACAUCUCAGCGUUCAAUUUGGACACCACGUCCAUCCUCAUCAAGGACGGAGAACAGGGAAGUUUCUUUGGCUUUUCAUUGGCUUUACACCAGCAGCUUACACCUGAACCUCACAGCUGGAUAUUAGUGGGAGCGCCCCAGGCGAGAGGUAAAGGAACGCUGGAGAGCAGUCGUCCUGGUGCCCUGUAUCGCUGUCCUGUCACACCUGAGCAGUGUGAACGAGUGGACAUUGAUGGCAAUGUGAGUCUGGAGCAAGAGAGCAAACACAACCAGUGGUUGGGUGUCACUGUUAAAAGCCAGGGGAUUGGUGGAAAAGUGGUGACUUGUGCUCACCUCUAUGAGCUCAGACAACACGUCAAUCAGACGUUUGAGACACGUGACCCCAUCGGACGCUGUUAUGUUCUGAGUGAGGAUUUGACCGAGAGAGAUGAUCUGGAUGGAGGAGAGUGGAAGUUCUGUGAGGGUCGUCCACAGGGACAUGAACAGUUUGGAUUCUGUCAACAGGGACUUUCUGUCAGUUUCACACCCGACAACAACUACAUUCUGUUUGGAGCUCCAGGGACGUACAACUGGAAAGGGCUGUUGUUCAUGGCCAGUCCGAUUGAGGAUGUUCUUGUCUACAAAACUCUGGAACCGUCCAAAAGCUCCUUUGAUGAUGUUGCUCAGAACAGCUACUUGGGUUUCUCUGUGGACUCAGCAAAAGGUGUGAUGAGAAAAUCUGAGCUGACAUUUGUUGCCGGAGCUCCACGAGCCAAUCAUACCGGAGCUGUGCUUCUGCUCAGGAAAGACAACGUUUAUAGACUGAUGCCAGAGUUUAUCCUGUGGGGUGAGGAGCUGGCCUCCUCCUUUGGUUAUUCAGUGGCUGUAGCUGAUCUAAACAGAGAUGGCUGGACAGAUCUCAUUGUGGGAGCUCCUAAUUUUUUUGAUCGCAAGGCAGAGAUUGGCGGUGCGGUAUAUGUAUUCCUGAAUCCAGCGAGUCACUGGGAAAAGGCCCGACCGAUCCGACUCAACGGAACCUACGACUCUAUGUUUGGCAUGACCAUCAGCAGCACUGGAGAUCUGGACCAGGAUGGUUAUGACGAUUUUGCUGUUGGAGCACCAUUUGAUGGAGAUGGGAAAGUGUUUAUAUACCACGGUUCUCCAUCAGGCAUAGACACCAAACCCUCUCAGGUUCUAGAUGGGCUGAAUGCAGGAGUGAAGAGAUUGGGCUACUCUAUAUCAGGAGGCUUGGAUAUUGAUGGAAAUUUCUAUCCGGAUCUGGCUGUCGGCUCCCUCAGUGAUCAAGUUGUGCUUUACAAGUCACGUCCAGUGGUCCAUGUGAUUCGAGAGAUUUCCAUCGAGCCUCAGUAUAUUGACCUUACGCAGCACAACUGCCCAGGGAAUCACGGUGUUUGUGUUGCAGUGAAAGCCUGCUACACAUACACUGCUUAUCCAGACUCCUUUUCACCGAACAUCACACUUGGUAUACAUUUUGAGGCAGACGUUGAUCGUAGGAAACUGAGUCUACCUCACAGAGUUCACUUCUUGGAGAGCAGUAUAUCAGAGCCGGAGUAUGUCCACUCGGUGGAAGUCGAGCUCCGUGGACAAAAACAUCUCGACUGUCAGACGGUGACUUUCGCUGUGAAGGAAAACAUUCUAGAUAAGCUGCGGCCCGUCUCUCUGGCUAUCACGCACACUAUACGGAGAACUAGACAUCCCCACCAUCAUCAUGCUGGACAUAAACCCUACAACCAACUGAUUCCUGUACUGAGCCCCAGCCCUUCAAACACGCUCUACUCUGAGGUGAAUUUUGUUCGGGAAGGUUGUGGUGAGGAUAAAAUUUGCCAGAGUAACCUUCAGCUGACCUAUCAGUUCGGUACCAGAGCUCCCAUUUCAAACACCUUCAGUCCUCUCCCACUAGACGAGUGGGAUACGCCAGUGUUCUCGCUGUCAGAUCAGAGGUCAAUAAUGCUGGAGGUGACCGUGACGAAUGUGCCCUCGAACCCUGAGAAUCCACAGGAGGAUGGAGACGACGCUCACGCCACUCAGCUGCUGGUGUCUCUACCGGACACUCUCUCCUACUCUGGAAUCAUGGGACAGCAGGUUUUGUGUGAAGCCAAUCAGAACGGCUCUCAAGCACUGUGUGAUCUGGGCAAUCCUGUGAAAAGAGACGCAACGGUGAAAUUCUCUCUUCUUCUCAGCACAUCUGCCAUCACCAUCGAAACCACAUCGCUGUCUGUUCGACUUGUGAUGUCCACGAUCAGCGAGCAGCCAUCUUUGGCUCCGGUGGUGGCGUUUGCACGUAUGGUGAUCGAACUUCCUCUUGUGCUCAGCGGGCUGGCUCGUCCUCAUCAGCUCUUUUACAGCGGUGCAGUCGUGGGAGAGAGUGCUAUGACGUCAGUGCAUAAUGUCGGCAGUGACGUCCAAUAUGAAUUCAUCGUGUCUAACACUGGUCAGCCUCUCCAGACAUUCGGCUCGGCCUCCCUGAACAUUCUGUGGCCGUAUGAGUUCAUCAAUGGGAAGUGGCUGUUGUAUCCCAGCGUCUUGCAGGUGGACGGACAGACGGACACUCAGUGUGAACCUCAGUCAGCACUGAAUCCGCUCCGGUUAGCCCUCAAUGAACAGUCACAUGCAGCGGACGUCAAGAGCCGACAGGUGAGAUCUCACGUGGAGUCAGAAGACGACGUUGUGAUGAAAACCCCAUUGAGCGAGAUCACUCCAGCUGUAUCGGCAUCAGAGAGAAGGAAAACUCUCACACUGGACUGUUUGUUUGGUAAUGCACGCUGUCUGACCUUCAGGUGUCCUCUACACACAUUUUCUGGCUCAAUCCGUCUCAAGAUCCAAGCGAACGUGUGGAACAGCACUUUCAUUGAGGAGUUUUCAUCUGUCAGUGCUGUGGAGAUACUGGUCAGAGCCAAUAUCAGCAUUAAAUCCACUAUCAAACAUAUUGUGCUCAAGGAUUCUUCAACACAGGUGUCAGUAACAGUUUAUCCAGAGCAUGGACUGUCUGAUCAGCACAUCAUCCCGUGGUGGAUCAUUUUCAUCGCUGUUCUUGCUGGAAUUGUUGUUCUUGCUCUGCUUGUGUGUAUACUGUGGAAGUGUGGUUUCUUCCAGAGUGUUCACUCUAAAGUGCCUCGGUAUCAUGCUGUGAAGAUCCGGCGCAAGGAGACACCAAUUCUGGACAAGUCGUUUAUUUUUCAAAAAAAGCAAUGGGCGACCAACUGGAGCAAUGGCACAAUCUGAUGCGUAUUGAGGAUGCUGUGCACAAAUCUGUUAUGCCACUCAUUUUGACUUGCAUUGUUCAAUACACUGUUACAAAUAAGCUUUACGAAGCAUUUUAUAAGUGAGCUUUUCAGCAGGACUGACAAUUAUGAUAUGUCCGUUAUAAAUACCACAAAGAAUCUCAUUUCAGAGCUAGAUGGAAAUGGAAAUAUCUGCACCCAGUAUCAAACUGAAUUACACCUGAUAAUGUUUGUAAACCAAGUCAAGAAAGCUUGACCAAAAGUAAAAAGUAACUAAAGUAAACCUCAAUGAAUUUCUAUCUUCUGGGGAACAAAACAGAAGAUUUUUUGAAGCAUGUUGGUCCUCUUUGACUUCGACUAGUUUUGUGUUCAUGUAAUAGAAGAAAACGGGAACUAACAUUUUUCUGUUACCAACAUUCUUCAAAAUAUCUUGUAACGGUCUUCCUACGAACACCCACGAAAGACGAGUUACAAGAUAAUUAGAGGGAGGGACCUACCGACCGAACUUGGUUCUUUUUACAGAAUGAAUCAAAUACAACAUUUUAUAGAUGAGGAAAAUAUAUUUGCAUAAACUAAACCCUAUUCAAAGACAUCAUAUAGACAUAGUAAAAUAGACUCAAUUUUCCCUUCCAGUGUUGACGUGUCCACACGUGUAAAUGAGGUAAUCCAAAGAAAACGGUUAAUCCAACACAAUCCAAACCGCCAGAUGCUGAAAUAAAUCUUAGACACCACUGUUCUCUGAUUACUGAACCCACCUUGGUUCAAACACAGCAGCCAGUAGCCGCAUAGAAUCCACAAAGUUGAUGAAUUGAUGAUGAAGUACAUGCAUAAAAAAAGUCCUUUUGAUUGAGUUUAAAACCACAGUUUUUAUGUAAAACACAGCAAUGUAUGUUGGGUGAACCAAAAGAGACAAACCAUGCUUCCUUUCACCAAAUCCUCCUCCAUCUCCCAUCCUUUCCUGGCUAAAUACUGAGGAGCAGGCUAGCUAGCUCCCCUAGAGCACAGGAAAUGUAUGACAUACAAAAAACACAGAAAACAUGAUAAUCGUACUCUGGGUGGUUAUAAUCUUCUUUUGUGUUCUGCAGAAGAAUGAAAGUCAAACAGUUUUUAAAAUGAUAAAAUGGCAUGUAAAUGAUGACAGAAUUUUCAUUUUUGGGUGAACUUUCCUUUUAAUGAUUUUUUGAAGCUGAAACUUCUUUUGAAAGGUGGUGUUUCAUCAUAAGAGGAACAUGUUUGUACAGAACUUUUGUACAGAAUCUUACCCUUAAAAACAUAUAAACAAAUGCUGUGUAGAAAUUAUGUGUCAGGCACAAAGCCAUGCUGCUAUUUAGCCUCAACGACAGAGUAAAAGGCAUUUUUAUUUUCGUUUUCUUUUAACUGUGUAACUGAUUGAUUAAAGUUCUUGUGGUUACAUCA